AUGUUGGCAAGGCAUGCUUGUCGCGAGACAUGGAGAGAAGGGCCAUUGUCUUUCGGGCAACGCCCAGCGGCCAAGGAGAUCCAGCAGCACCGGCGUCUUGAGUCAGCUGAGCCCGCGUGCUGUGCACGUUUGAAUAAGUUUGCCGGCCGCGAGACCUUCCACGGCCUCAUUGUCGCCACCGAGGAGGAGAAGCGCACGCUGCGCCGUGUGGCCGGAAAGAUGCCUGCCUCGUGCUACUGGCUCUGCGCCGUCGAGUUCGCCGAGCGUGCCAGUUACUACGGCUGCUACCAGGUCUACAAGCAGUUCAUCCGCUCCCCUCUCCCGCCCGGAUCGACCACUGGUGCCACCCCUCCCGGCACCGCCUACAACCCCGGUGCGCUCGGAAGGGGCCCUCAGAUUGCCACUGCCAUGACCGAGGCCUUCAAGUUCCUCGCCUACGCCCUGCCCGUCUUCUUCGGCUGGCUCGCCGAUGCCAAGUACGGCCGCUUCAAGAUGAUCUGCUGGGGUGUCGGCAUCUGCGGUGUUGCCCACAUCAUCAUGAUCAUCUCUGCGAUCCCCUCCGUGCUCACCUCCGGCAACGCCAUCGGCCCCUUUGCCUUGUCGCUGUACAUGCUCGCCAUCGGUGCCGCCCAGUUCAAGCCCAACAUCUCGCCCACCCUCAUGGACCAGUCGCCCCACAAGAUCCCCCACGUCAUCAAGGACAAGAACGGCGAGAAGGUCGUCGUCGACCCCGAGGAGUCCAUCGCCUCCGUCAUGCUGUGGUUCUACCUUCUCAUCAACGUCGGCGCCUGCUUCGGAAUCCCGACCAGUUACCUUGCCAAGCUGGUCGGCUACUGGGCCGCCUACCUGAUCCCCACCAUCGUGUACCUCAUGCUUCCUCCCCUUCUGUGGUACCUCAACUCCCGCAUCGUCAAGCAGCCCGCCGGUGGCUCUGACCUGAGCAACGUCUUCCGCGUGCUCGGCGACAUCUUUGCCAACGGUGGCAUGAGCCACAUUGGCCGCAAGGGCUUCUGGGAGAUCGGCAAGCCCUCUGUCCGCCGCGCCGCCGGCUCUCAGAAGGAGUACACCUACGACGACGAGUUUGUCAACGACGUCCGCCGCACGUUCCAGGCCUGCGGUAUCUUCCUCUUCCAGCCCAUCAUCCAGCUCAACGACGGCGGCAUCGGUGCUGCGGGCAACACCCUCACCGCCGGCAUGGCUGCCCACGGCAUGCCCAACGACCUGCUCGACAACCUGAACCCCGUCUCCAUCGUCGUCGCCGUCCCCAUCAUGAACCACCUCAUCUACCCAGCUCUCCGCCGUGCCGGCAUCCGCUUCGGCCCCAUCUCCCGCAUGACCUUUGGCUUCGCCAUGUGCACCCUCGGCUCGAUUGCCUACUCGGUCCUGUCCCACCAGGUCUACCAGAGCUCGCCCUGCGGCAACCAGGCCAGCUCCUGCACCGAGGGCCCGCUCGGCGACGAGGGCUUCUCGACCGUGCACAUUGGUCUCUACGCCAUCCCGACCAUCAUCACCGCCAUCUCGGAGAUCUUCAUCAACGUCACCGCCUACGGCAUCGCCUACACCCAGUCCCCCAAGAACAUGAAGGGCCUCGUCGCCUCCAUCAACCUCUUCAUGUCCGCCAUUGCCGCCAUCAUCUCCCUCGCCACCUCGGCCGCCAUUGGUGACCCUUACCUCCCCUGGGUCUUCGCUGCCCCGACCAUUGCCGGUGCCAUCGUCACCGUCGCCUUCUGGUUCACCUUCAGGCACCUCGACAACCAGGACUUCAUCAUCAACACCGACUUUGACGACAUGAAGCCCGCCGACAAGACCGACUCGGACUCGGACCACGAGCUGCCUGCCGCCAUUGACGAGAAGAAGCCCGCCAUCCAGGCCACCCCUGCUGCUGAUCCCGUGUCCAUUGACGAGAAGAAGAUCUAGAGAUGGGACGGAUGUUGCUUGCAGGGCGGGGCAGGAUCUGGUCUCGGCGGGUGUUUUGUCUGACAAACGUCUUGGUGACUCGAUGACCUGCUCGGCCUGCAUUCACCAGUCUCUCUCCGAUGCGACAUGGCUCAUGAAACUCAUGCCAUAAGGACUAGUAAUAUGAUUCCUGUUCUUGCCGUAGCUUAAGAUACCAUACAAUGAUACUUGGAGGCAUGGCCUACCCGGCCUGUCUCUCGUAUACCCC